UGGUUAAUUAUCUGUGUCUUAUUGCAAUAGUUAAGUCUAAAAAAAAAAGGUAAAUAGAAUGUGGUGAGUACGAUAAUCUGGCAGCGUUGAGAAGAAGGCGUGCAUGUAAACAAACCCGCUGGACGAAGUUGACGUGAGAGGCGGAAGCGUCUGAGAAUACCGACCCUGGCCCAGCUGUCCCCGCCGGCCACACGCCCCCCUGCUGGCCCUCGUACUGGUGGCUCAUCAAAGGCGUCAAUGUGCUUCGCGAUAGAACGGAUUAGCUAACUCACAAACAGCAAACGGGGCCAUCAUGACAAUCUACAACUUGUACAUGUUUGACCGUGAUGGCCAGCUGCUCCACUAUGCUGAAUGGAUCCGUAAGAAACAGUCUGGCAUGUCCAGGGAGGAGGAAGCAAAGUUGAUGUAUGGCAUGAUAUUCUCCAUUAAAUCAUUUGUAACAAAGGUGUCUCCAGUAGACCUGAAGGAAGGUUACCUCACCUACUGCACCAACAAGUACCGCCUGCACUUGUUUGAGACUCCCUCCAGAAUAAAAUUUGUGCUCAACACUGAUGUGGCAGCGCAGGGAAUCAAGGAGUUGCUGCACCAAAUAUACACACAGGUUUAUGUAGAGUAUGUGGUGUUCAACCCCAUGUGUCCCCUCAACAAGCCCAUUGAAAGUGAACUGUUUGCAGCCAAGCUAGAUGAGGUGGUGCGGCAAAGCCCUGCUCAUGCCUCCCGGCCAGCCUGAGGUGCCUCAGCCUUGGCUCAGUAGUGUCUUGAGCCAGAGUUUAAUGGUGAAACUGCAAUAAUUUAUCUUUCCCAGAGCCCAAGAUCUACUGCAAAAAGUUCUUUGAUCAAUAUACACCUUUGGAUUUUGUUAUUCUUUGUAUGAAAGAUGUUACCUAAAAUGUGUUAUGGAUACAUGAAUGGACAUUCCUCAAGGGGUUCACUCUCAAUAUGUGUGCAACAGAAGAGAAAAUUAUGUAAAGAUUCAGUGUUGAUGUAACGCCCCCUAUUCAUAGGCCUAUUUCCAGUCUGAUAUAUGAUAGGUUACAAGUGUUUCCUAUUUCCAGUAAGACACUCAUAUUGACCUCAAUUUAUUACUUAUAACAUUUCAAAUUUGUCUUCCUCACAAGUGAAGAACUGGAGAAUGACAUUAUGUGUAAAAUUAAUGUGAUUUACCAGUUGGUUGUGGUAUACUGUAUUUUACAGCAAAAUUUAAGCAGGGCAUUUCUAUAUUUUCAUUGAAAUAUUGAAAACUUUAAUUUCAUGUCUUGAUUAUAAUAUAUAUAUAUAUAUAUAUAUAUAUAUAUAUAUAUAUAUAUAUAUAUAUAUAUAUAUAUAUAUAUAUAUAUAUAUAUAUAUAUAUAUAUAUACACAGUAACUUUAAGUUAUCCAAAUUAAUUCAGCCAAGGCCCUUGCUAAUAAAUGAAAAAUCUGGAUAAUGUGGAAGGAGUUUGUAUGACUGACACUUCUAGACAUGAGUUCCAGAGUAGUCACUGCAAUCCAUGAAUGACCCAACUGUCACUUACAAGAAACAGCUGUUUACUUCCAAGGACCAAGAUUAAGUGUGCUCUGAUUUUUUGUUAAAUCAAUAGAUGUUGUUUAUUUCAUACAUAAUAUUUUUUCAAGACUUAUUGUUUUAUUCAUGAGUAAAUGAUAAAAAAAAAAGUUUCCUGAGCACUGAGGAAACCCUCGGCCAUCUCAGUCAUGCAUGGAGUGACUGUCAAGUUUAGAGGGAUCACACAGGACAUCAUUUGAGUCAAGGAUUAUAUCAUUUUCACUUUCUGAAUGGUGUGAGGCGAGGCUAUAGCUGGGAGUAGCAAUCUUCAUGUCAUCUGAGACUCAGGUAUAUCCCCCACAACUGCCACAUGAAUUUGUAAAAUAAAUAUCCCUUUUGAGCUAUCUUUAUGGACUGUAACUCUUCUGCACAAGAUUUAUGAGCAACAGUUAUAUUUUAUGUCGGGAGGUGACUGUUGAAGCUGAAGCUUGAGGAAAAAUGGUUAAUUUUGUACCAGUAACAGCUGCUGUAGCCACUCAUGUGCUAACAAACCAAUGUUCAUGGCUGUCUUGCUCACACCUCGCAGUGUCUCGAGUCAGUGUGUCAGAAAACAAGGCAAGACUUUACACAGGUGGGGCAGCAUGCACCAGCCACAACCUACAGGUAUACAGAGGUGCAGCAGGUGAGUCCACUCCAUGGACAGUCAUCGGCUCCCUCCCCAACAAGCAUGGCAGGUUGUUCUCCAUUCACAUUAAUUCCCCACAUAACCCAUACAGUAUGCUAUCUAUGUGAUAGUUUUGUGCAUCACUUUUCCCACUUAACUUUAAGAUAUGUGUUUCUUCUGAUAAUUUUGUGUGUCUAGGUCUUAAUGUGGAUAAUUUCCUUGACAACAUCUUAUAGGGGUACUGUGAUAGGUUAACAUGUGGGUAGGGUCGAGUUGGCAGAUGAUGCAGUUGUGGAUAAUUGAGUUUUUAUUGUAGCUAUUAUAUAUAUAUAUAUAUAUAUAUAUAUAUAUAUAUAUAUAUAUAUAUAUAUAUAUAUAUAUAUAUAUAUAUAUAUAUAUAUAUAUAUAUAUAUAUAUAUAUAAUGUUUAUGUUGUACUCAGGUAAAAAAAAAAACAGUAAGUUAUAUUUAGUCAUAAUUAUAAAGUAUUGUUUAGAAAUCUGCACACUUGUUGACUUGAUGAAAAAAAAAUGGCAAUUUUUCAGGUUCUAAAUGAAAAGUACUAAGCUUUGCAUCAUUUGUGCAAAUGGAAAAAGUAAAUAUUUUUUUCCUUUAUAAGUUUAUGCAUUCAUAUAUUAAAAAUAAUACAGAUUUUAUAUGGAAGGUGUUGAGAGAUUCCCAAACCCUUGUGUGGGAAGGUACUGGACACAUUUGGAAUUAUUCAAAUAAACUGUGAUAGUUG